UUUUUUUCUUCACCAUUUCCUUUCCCUUCCACCCUACUGUAUCUCGGUAUCUCUUCUCUUUCUCUCUCAUUCCCGUUCGCGAGAUUGUAAACAAUUCGAACGCGCGCGGAGGAAGGCUCAGAAGUCAAGAAGAAUGCGACUGACGUGGACUGAAGGGAGGUAUGCGCUUUGCCUGCUAAUCUUGCAAAUAAGACUGACGAAUUCGCGGACAUCCUGGCGAUUGAAUGCCGCUGACAAGGUUGUGAAGACGACCGACUUCGUGAGCGCAGUGGAAGACGAUCCGAUCUUCGACAUCCUCUCGGGCAGCGUGGUCAUCGGCAACGGUCAGACCUGGAGUAGGACCGCGACGUCCGAGAAGCACGAGAAAGUGCAGCUAUACUGUCAGGAAUGCAAAGGUUUCGCCAGCCAGGAGAGACGACUUUCGUCAUACGUGUUGAAGGAUACGCAAAAUAUCAGCGAGUCCUUCCCGCUGUCCUCGCAAGUGUCGAAUGAGCAGAUGACGUGCGCCUCUGGUCAGCAAUGCGACAACAUAAUAUUGGACUGUGGCAAGCCAGUGAAUUUUACUUACUACGAUAAUCUAAUUGGCGUGGCCAACAGAAACAAGCAUCCAUUGGUACCAGAACCUAAUGUAGCACUCAUGUUCAAGAAGAAUGGAGGCAAAACUAUCGAUGUCGACAUUGAUUUGCUCGAGAGACGCUUGAAGAAAGCAAAGCGAGAGAAACCAAAAUCUGUCCAACUGUAUAAUCAGAUAGGAAAUUUCUGGCGCAUAAAAGGUGAUGCACAAAGAUCAAUUGAAUGCUUUCGCAGAGCACUUGCUGUAUCACCACAUAAUGCAGAAGUGCUCUUGAAUUUGGCUAGAGUAUUGCUGGUACAACAUUAUUUGGAUGAUGCAACGUAUUUAGCUAGACGAUCUUUAGAAUUGCAACCACCAGAUCGCAAUGCGUGGGAGCAAUAUCUUACACUUGGUCAAAUAUUCAAGGCAUAUGGACAUUUUCAAGAAGCAGCUGUACACUUACGUCAUGCAUUGGAAUUAAAACCAGAUCUCUCUGAUGCUGCCGAUGCAUUAAAAGAGGUCGAGUCACUGCCGCUCGCAAGUAUGCAUGUGUAUACAUUGCUGAUCAUUGUCGGUUUGGUGCUAGGUGUACUCUUCGUUGUAUUGACCAGUGUAGAAUGUGAUGAUGUUUCAACUCUAGUCAGUGGACAGCUUCAGCGCCCAGUACAACGACAUUUCAGUCGUGCUAUGGCUAUGCGCAGCUUGCGGCUUAAUGUUGCACGCAAUAAACGUUGUUGAUGGUAAUGAUAAUGAUGAUGACUCAUUAUUGACAAAUCAGUCGUUCGUACAUGUGAUAGAAUAACUUCUCAUGCCAUGACGACUUAUCUCCCUGCAAAGUAUUAUUUAUAACAUGACGCAAUAAUUCUUGGGCUGCACUAAUUGUUUAUUAUAUAUCUCUGGAGAAAAAUAUAUAUGAGGAAAUAUACAAAAA